UGGAGAAAGCGGGCUGCAGAGCGCCUGUCAACAAGCGGGGGGCGGGGGGGGGGAGUUCUUCAUAGCUCUCUAAUUGGAAAAGGAGUUUCAGCUGGGUGGUUAUUAUUUGGCCCCCUACUAGAGUGACCCCCCCACCCGGCCAGGCGGCUCUAUAAGAGGCGUAGGGCGCGGCGCACACAGAGCCUGGCCUCUCGAAGGAGGGCUGCAUCCUCUCGCUCCGCACCCCGCGGAAGCCCUGCUCGGGCGUCCGAGGGAAGUCGGGGUCAGCGAUGGUCGGAUACCGGAGGCACAUCAAGGAAUAAAUUCCUCCGCCGCCACCCGCCUUGAGCUCAUCGCCGGGGCUCCCUCCCUCCAUAUUUUUGCUGCCUUUUCAUCUCCCCGCGAAGAGACGCUCGGUGCUUGCAGGGGAGGAGAGGGCGAGGGGGGGGGGGCUGGGGGAAGCUACUUAUUCCUCCCCCGGCGCGGGAGAGCGGCGCAGCCAGCCCCGCUUGCGGGCGAAGGGGGAAACCCGCCUUGGACAGCCAAAGGCGGCUGCUCUGCUGGAAGAAGAUAGAGACGCUCAAGAUCCAUUCAGAGCCUAAAAACUAGACUGUGGAGAUGUCUGUGAAGUGAGCCAGUUCCCAAGCACAAGAUCAAGGGAUGAUCCGAGGCUGUCAUGUUUCCUCUCAAAUGUUUUGUCCCUGUGCCCCUCUUCAGCAGAGAGAUGCCUAGUUCUGCGCCGGCUCCCUCCAGCCCAGUCCCCUGUUGGUGACACACUCUUGCUGCUGUCCCAGUGAAGGUUACCCGGGCUGCUGGCAUCAUUCCCGUACAAAAGAGAGAGCGGAGGGAGGAAUGAAUGAAUGAAAUUAUGCUGCUGAAGACACAGCUGGAACUGAUGUGCAACGACUGAUGCUCUGCAGAUUUUGCAACGAGGCAAGUCAUUCCAGAGCCAACAAGUUCCUCCUUGCAAGCAGAGAUAAGCUGUACCCCCUUCUCGGCUGCUAAUCUCUCUGCUCAGCUGUGGGCUAGUCUGUGCUCAGUGGGUCUCGAGGUCUUGGGCUGCAGGCUAGAAGACCAAGGGCUACCAUGGAAGAGAAUGUGUUCAGUGUGCAGCAGAUACAGCCCAAUGUCAUUUCGGUGAGACUCUUCAAGCGCAAGGUUGGGGGUCUCGGUUUCCUGGUGAAGGAACGAGUCAACAAGCCCCCGGUAAUCAUCUCCGACCUGAUUCGGGGAGGGGCAGCUGAGCAAAGCGGCCUCAUCCAGGCUGGGGACAUUAUCCUGGCAGUCAAUGGCCGGCCCUUGGUGGACAUGAGCUAUGAGAGUGCCCUGGAGAUCCUGAGGAGCAUCGCUUCGGAAACCUAUGUGGUUCUGAUCCUGAGAGGUCCUGAGGGCUUCACCACUCACCUGGAGACCACUUUUGCCGGUGAUGGGCUGCCAAAGACUGUUAGAGUAACCAGACCUUUGUGCCCAACUGCCAAAGCGGUCGACUUGUCCAAUCCAAGUAUCCACAGCAGAGAUCUGCAGCAGGGUGCAGACCAUACCAUGGGCUCAGCUAGUUCAGCAUGGGCCAGGGAGAACAGGAAGGAAGCGGAGUCCCUUGUGCACGUCAAUGGUGUGGUUACCAGCACUAAAGGCGAGGACGGGAAGGGAAGGGACAAUGCUGGUGCCAAUCCUUGCCUGAACGGUGGGGUCGAAAACAAUGAACUGCUAAAAGAAAUAGAGCCAGUCCUGAAACUCCUGAAGAGCGGCAGUAAGGAACUCAAUGGAAACACACCAACCAAGGUGGAAACAAGAGAUAUAGAAGUCCAGGUGGACUGUUUCAGGGAAGUGGACAAGUCCCAGAAACCCGCGCCAGCCGGGAUGGAAAACGACAGAGUUUUCAAUGACCUGUGGGGGAAGAGUGACACGCCCAUCGUCCUGAACAACCCCUACUUGGAAAAGGAGCAGCCACCACCAUCUGGCAGACAGUCCCCAACAAAGAACUUGGUGAAUGGAAGCCCUUCUAAAUGCCCACGGUUUGCCAAAGUCAAGAACUGGGAGACUGGCUCAGUGCUUCAUGACACUUUACAACUCAAGACAGCCAUGGCCAGUGCGUGCACAGAGCAGAUCUGCAUGGGCUCAAUAAUGACACCCACCCAGCAUGUCCGGAAACCAGAAGACACCAGGACAAAAGAGCAGCUGCUCCCCUUGGCUAAGGACUUCAUUGAUCAAUACUACUCCUCCAUAAAGAGGUUUGGCUCCAAGGCCCACAUGGAGAGGCUGGAAGAAGUGACCAAGGAGAUUGAAACCACAGACACCUACCAGCUGCGGGACACAGAGCUGAUCUACGGAGCAAAGCAUGGCUGGCGCAAUGCAUCCCGCUGCGUAGGCAGGAUUCAGUGGUCCAAGCUACAGGUGUUUGAUGCCCGAGACUGCACCACAGCUCAUGGGAUGUUCAAUUACAUCUGCAACCACAUCAAAUACGCCACCAACAAAGGGAACCUCAGGUCUGCUAUCACCAUAUUCCCCCAGAGGACGGAUGGCAAGCACGACUUCCGAGUCUGGAAUGCCCAGCUCAUCCGCUAUGCUGGCUACAAGCAGCCAGACGGCACCAUUCUGGGGGACCCAGCCAACGUGGAGCUCACAGAGAUCUGCAUCCAGCAAGGGUGGAAGGCUCCCAAGGGGCGAUUUGAUGUCCUGCCGCUCCUCCUCCAGGCCAACGGCAAUGAUCCCGAGCUCUUUGAGAUCCCCCCGGAGCUGGUGCUGGAAGUACCCAUCAGGCAUCCCAAGUUUGCCUGGUUUAAGGACCUGGGGCUGAAGUGGUACGGUUUGCCGGCGGUGUCCAACAUGCUGCUAGAGAUCGGGGGCCUGGAGUUUACUGCCUGCCCCUUCAGCGGCUGGUACAUGGGCACUGAGAUCGGAGUCCGCGAUUACUGCGAUAACUCUCGCUACAACAUGCUGGAGGAAGUAGCCAAAAAGAUGAACCUGGACAUGAGGAAAACCUCCUCGCUGUGGAAAGACCAGGCGCUGGUGGAGAUUAACAUCGCUGUUCUGUACAGCUUCCAGAGCGACAAAGUGACCAUUGUGGACCAUCACUCAGCCACAGAGUCCUUCAUCAAGCACAUGGAGAAUGAGUAUCGCUGUCGCGGGGGGUGCCCGGCCGACUGGGUGUGGAUCGUCCCACCGAUGUCCAGCAGCAUCACCCCGGUCUUCCAUCAGGAAAUGCUCAACUAUCGGCUCACGCCCUCCUUCGAGUACCAGCCUGACCCUUGGAACACGCACAUCUGGAAAGGGGUCAAUGGGACUCCUACCAAAAAGAGAGCCAUCGGUUUUAAAAAGCUGGCCAAAGCCGUGAAGUUCUCUGCCAAGCUGAUGGGGCAGGCAAUGGCCAAGAGGGUCAAAGCGACCAUCCUCUAUGCCACGGAAACGGGGAAGUCCCAGGUCUAUGCAAAAACCUUAUGUGAAAUCUUCAAGCACGCUUUCGAUGCCAAGGUGAUGUCCAUGGAUGAGUACGACAUAGUCCACCUGGAACACGAAACCCUAGUCCUGGUGGUCACAAGCACCUUUGGCAACGGAGACCCACCAGAGAAUGGGGAGAAAUUCGGCUGUGCGAUGAUGGAAAUGAGGAAUCCCAACUCUCACCUGGAAGAGAGGAAGAGCUACAAGGUCCGUUUUAACAGCGUCUCCUCAUACUCGGACGCACGGAAGUCUUCGAGUGACGGGCCCGAAGCCAGGGACAACUUUGAGAGCACAGGGCCUCUGGCUAACGUCAGGUUCUCGGUGUUCGGCCUAGGAUCGCGUGCCUACCCCCACUUCUGCGCCUUUGCCCGUGCCGUCGACACCCUGCUGGAGGAGCUGGGAGGGGAGCGCAUCCUCCGCAUGGGGGAGGGGGAUGAGCUCUGUGGCCAGGAAGAGUCUUUCAGGACGUGGGCCAAAAAGGUCUUCAAGGCAGCGUGUGAUGUGUUCUGUGUGGGAGACGACGUGAACAUUGAGAAGGCCAACAACUCCCUCAUCAGUAAUGACCGGAGCUGGAAGAGGAGCAAGUUCCGCCUGACCUAUGUGGCUGAGGCCCCCGAGCUCACCCAAGGUCUGUACAGUAUUCACAAAAAGCGAGUCUAUGCCGCCCGGCUUCUCACGCGCCAGAAUCUGCAGAGCCCAAAAUCCAGUCGGUCAACGAUUUUCCUGCGACUUCACACCAACGGGCAGCAGGAGCUGCGCUACCAGCCUGGAGACCACCUGGGAGUGUUUCCAGGCAACCACGAGGACUUGGUCAGCGCCCUGAUGGAAAGACUCGAGGAUGCACCCCCAGCCAACCAGCUGGUGAAGGUGGAGCUCUUGGAGGAGAGGAGCACAGCUUUAGGUGUCAUCAGUAACUGGACGGAUGAGAACCGCAUCCCACCCUGCACCAUCUUCCAGGCAUUUAAGUUCUACCUGGACAUCACCACGCCUCCCACCCCGCUGCUGCUGCAGCAGUUUGCCUUACUGGCCACCAGCGACAAGGAGAAGAAACGUCUGCAGGUCCUUAGCAAGGGCUUGCAGGAAUACGAGGAGUGGAAAUGGUCCAAGAACCCCACCGUGGUGGAGGUGCUGGAGGAGUUCCCGUCCGUGCAGAUGCCCUCCACCCUGCUGCUCACCCAGCUGCCCGUGCUGCAGCCUCGCUAUUACUCCAUCAGCUCCUCCCCCGACAUGUCCCCGGACGAGGUGCACCUCACCGUGGCCGUGCUCUCCUACCGGACUAGAGAUGGGGAAGGACCGAUACACCACGGGGUCUGUUCCUCUUGGUUCAACCGGAUACAGGCUGAUGAAGUUGUGCCCUGUUUUGUAAGAGGAGCUCCUGGGUUCCACAUGCCACAAGAUCCCCAGGUUCCCUGCAUCCUGAUUGGCCCAGGUACGGGAAUCGCCCCCUUCCGGAGCUUUUGGCAGCAGCGGCUCUUUGAAAUCGAGCACAAAGCACUGAAGCCCUGUCCGAUGAUUUUGGUCUUUGGGUGCCGACAGUCCAAGAUCGACCACAUUUACAAAGAGGAGACCCUCCUAGCCAAAAACAAAGGCAUCUUCAAAGAGCUGUACACAGCCUACUCCCGGGAACCAGACAAACCAAAGAAAUACGUGCAGGACGUACUGCAGGAGCAGCUGGCUCAGUCGGUGUACAAAGCGCUGAAGGAGCAGGGAGGCCACAUCUACGUGUGCGGGGACGUCACCAUGGCCGGGGAUGUCUUCAAGGCCGUUCAGCGCAUCGUGAAGCAGCAGGGGCAGCUGUCCGUGGAGCAGGCCGGUGCUUUCAUUAGCAAGCUGAGGGAUGACAACCGAUACCACGAGGAUAUUUUUGGAGUCACCUUGCGUACAUAUGAAGUGACUAACCGCCUUAGAUCUGAGUCAAUUGCGUUCAUUGAGGAAAGCAAAAAGGACACGGAUGAGGUUUUCUGCUCAUAACCAGAACCCCUUGCCCCAGACGGGAUGCCAAACCAGCUGCAGCGGCAGCUGCCCCCCUCCAGCCGGAGGGCGCUGGGUUUUGUAUUUACACGGACACGGCGGCUCCUUUUCUGCGGGGCCUGCCCACGGAAAGUGCUCUGUCUCUCAUCCUGUCGUCGUGUCCCGAUGAUGAUGGUUUCCCUUUCCUUUCUCUCUCUGUUGUCCUGUGGUGGUUUCUUUUCACUCCUUAUUUCCCUCCUCGGAGUCCCCCGCUGAAGUGCGAUGGCUUUAUAAUCCGCAGUGGCUCUUACGAAACUACGUUUCUUCUUCUCUCGGUCCAACGAGGGUGUUUCGCGGCUGCAUGAAAUCACCACCUUCGUGAUCAUCUGCAUUCGUUGGUGUCUGGGGGGAUGGGGCUGGAGGGCGGGGAGCUGGCUGUUCCGGAUCAGGCAGUGAGGACUGGAGAGACCCCUUUCCCCACCUCGACGUGGAACUUGGCUGAAUCGCUGCAUCUUCUUCGCUUUGCUUUGGCCUCUCCGGGCCUGGCCCAUGUGGAAGUUGGAUGGAAAAGAAGUACCGCCCCCUUUCUUGCUGGUGAUGGAGGCCCCAGAGCUUUGUUCUGUUUGAGGGGUGGGGUUCGUCCGUGUUCAAUGGGUAACAAUUCACCUAAGUGAGCUCUGUGCUGUUUGUAUUGUCAGUCCCAUACCCCGCCCCCUCUUGGCUCAGUCCUCUCUUGCCUCUGUGCCCUGUGCUGAUCCUGCUGGUGCAAAAGUCUCCACGGGCAGUGUGCGAGCACAGCAUAUGCAGGCUGGUGUUUCUGCAACGGGGCAGCCCGUGGGUGCUCUCUGGUCCCGGGGAAGCAUGGGAUGUACUGCCCACUCUGCAUCCAAACCUUCCCAGCCUCCGAUGGGAGUUAAGGGUAAAUGUGGCCAGCCGGCAUGAGAGGGCUAGAGGUUAGCUGAGAUCCCUGGAGGAAAGAUUGUGAAUCAGGUGUGGGUUGCGUCCUGUCGCUUCCCUGGAUUAACAGGGCACCGGCAGUGGGCACGUGAGUCCUCUCCAGCAAGGCCAGAGAACAUGUAAGGUGACACGGCUGGGAGGCGGAGUAGCUCUGAAGCCAUCUCUGCCCAGGUCCAAGCGGCACCUGCUUAUAAAAAGGUUGAUAGGAAGCCAGCAAGUAGCCACUCUAUGGGGUCUGCUACGGGCGUUUCUGACCCCACAGAACGCCCCCUUCAAUGAGUAACAGUUGCCUUGAAUACUCAAAGCAUGGCAUGUCUGUCCUAGCGCGAUCUUGUGAGAUGUCCUUUCUCAGCGGCGGCCCCCCAAGGAGCUGCAAAGCUCUCGUGGUGCCGGGCUGGCUGCAACAGAUGCCUCCGCGCUGCAAAAAACCCCAAAUCCUCUCCAUGCCCACUCUGCCUGCUGCACACUCGGUGCCAAACUGCACGAGGCCUCUGGGCCGGGAGCUCUCAGGAGAGAGGGGGAGCAAACCCAGGAAGAGAGGCACCGGUGCUGUCUAAGGCCAGGCUCUGAGGUGCUGACCGCUCAGAUCCGCUGCACAAAUCCAGCCCCGCGAGAGACUCUUACAGGGACGGCUACCGUGCUGGCAGCCCCCGCAAUCGCUCCCCUUUUCCAGGUAGAAACUCUGCGCCCCCCCCCCCCCCACACACACACGGCACACGCUUGCGCGCGCUCUCUCUCUCUCUCUCUCUCUCAGGGGGAGGGGCUUUCUCUAGUUGCCAGGUUCUUUGGGGGUGUUGGGAGCCCUCGUCCCUUCCCCCACCUGCAGUGUACAUAGCCAUCUACUGUGGCUCGACUGCAGGCAGCAAGAGCAAACUGGUGCCUUCAGGUAGGCACCGGACCCCCUCCUGCCACCAGCAUAGGGAAUUACCACCGAGGGGUCAGGACUUGGGCACGGCAAAGGGAGAAGGUCCCCGCAACCUCUGUCACCGAGGGUUGUUUUCAGAGACCAGGAUCUGCCACUGACUCCCCCCGAGCCAAGCUUCUAACAAAGUGAGUCCAGCCAGGUCUGAAGUCUCCCCCGGCCUAAGUGCGACUUGGCAGCUGGGUUGCUUGACUUCAGCUCGCGUUCACUGGUCUCACGCUAUGCAGUGACCACGUGGUUGCUUUGGUUUUGCUGCCUAGACCCUCCAAGGUUGGUAGGCGCUUGUGUGUGCUGCCUACUGCCACAGCAACGUCCCUGGUCUUUACCCUCCCUGACCACCACAGAUGGAUCUGACCCAAAACCCUGGGCCCAGAGGCCCCAGAGCUUCGGGAAAGCUCAGCUCCAGGCUUUUUGCUGCCCCAAUCCAUCUCUUCGGAGCGUAUUGCUCAACGAGCCUGCAGGACCUUAAAUAGGGACAUGCACAAAUGCUGCCACCUUGUGGUAAUUUGCAUGCACGCUGUUCUGUGAGGAUGGCCCAAUGUGUUGCCCUGUGAGGAUGAAUACAUAUCCCUGGCUAAGCCCCUGUUCGGUUACAAAAUCACGGCUGUAGUGUGGUUACAAGCGACAUGGUUCAAUUUGCAGCAAGGACUGUACGUCUGCACCCGCCCUGCUGCCUCACAGUGUUUCCCCCCCAGUGCCUCUGCAAGGACUACCGGGCCCAGGGGCCAUGCACACAGCGCCGCACAUGGAGAAAUGGAUUCUGGGCUGUCCCACUGCACAGAGUGAUGGGGUGAAAGAGACCAGCCCGACUAGGGAGAAUACGGGCUCCUGUCUAUACUGCAAACCCCAAAGGUGCACCAGCCUAGGUCCCUGGCAGGGGGCAGGUGCGGUUAGCUGCCGCGGUUACUAACCAGGUGGUGUGCAGGCAUAAACCACAGCUGCAGCCAUCAGUACCAUGUGUUGAUUACAAACCCUGGUGGCGCUUCUGUAACCGGGGCCUAGAGCUCUAACCAGUUUCAGGGAGUUUUUUUGUGGGGCCGAGAGCUCAGGCAGGCAGCGACCCUUCCAGCUGCAUGUCCUGGUCCCCUGGAAGCUGAUGGGAGGAGAGAAUGAGGAGCGCAUUAAGGGCAGAAGGAUUCCUUUGCUUGUGCCUCACAAAUCUCAUAGAUCAUAGAAGGUUAGGGUUGGAAGGGACCUCAGGAGGUCAUCUAGUCCAACCCCUGCUUGAAGCAGGACCGAUCCCCAAUUUUUGCCCCAGAUCCCUAAAUGGCCCCCUCAAGGAUUGAACUCACAACCCUGGGUUUAGCAGGCCAAUGCUCAAACCACUGAGCUAUCCCUCCCCCCAGUCUGGAUCUGUGUAGGGAUCCAGUCCCUGGGGGCGGGGGAAGAGAUGAGAGAGCCCUUAUUCCACCCUUCCCCACACACACACCAUCCCACACACUGGGGAAGUUUGGAUCCGGAUCCAGCUCAGAACUCUACGGCUGACCUUCCUGUAAGGUGCCAGAGCAAAACCCUGCUUCUCCCUUCAGCCCCCCCCUCCCCCCCCCCCCCCAAACCGUGGGGAGAGUUUGAAUUUGGAUCCAAACUUUGCCCCAGGCUCAUCUUUCCUGGAAAUAUCAAUGCCUCCUGGAAGCAAAGGAAUGCCCAAAGAAAUGUCCUUUACCUCUUCCUCUUUCCGCCUGUGUCCUUCAUGUUCAUUGCUGCUGUUCAUUUUCCCAUUCAGUCCUGUGCUCCUGUGACAGCCCCACUCUGGAAUUAGCUUUGCGGGUACCAAUGCUCCCAGUCUGUAUCUGACUAAGAGGCUGGCUUUGGCAGGAUGGGUUGUGUCUCCUCUUCCUCCUGCCCAAAAUACCCAUGAGCCGCACGAAAAAGCGCAGCAAGGGAGGAGGCAUGGCAUCCAGAUUCAGCGUCUCCCAUUGCUAAAGGCUGGAAUGUCCCCAGGUGCCUAGAGGAGUUAGGCCCCCAAAGCCUGUUGAAAUUAACUGUGAGUUGAGCACCUGAGUUCCUUAGGUCUCUUUUCAGAGUAGCAGCCGUGUUAGUCUGUAUCCGCAAAAAGAACAGGAGGACUUGUGGCAGCUUAGAGACUAACCAAUUUAUUUGGGCAUAAGCUUUCGUGAGCUACAGCUCACUUCAUCGGAUGCAUUCAGUGGAAAAUACAGUGAGGAGAUUUAUAUACACACAGAACAUGAAAAAAUGGGUGUUAUCAUACAUACUCUAAGGAGAGUGAUCACUUAAGAUGAGCUAUUACCAGCAGGAGAGCAGGGGGUGGGGGGUGGGGGGGGGGAGAAAACCUUUUGUAGUGAUAAUCAAGGUGGGCCAUUUCCAGCAGUUGACAAGAACAGUAGGAGGGAAAAUAAACAAGGGGAAAUAGUUUUACUUUGUGUAAUGACCCAUCCACUCCCAGUCUUUAUUCAAGCCUAAGUUAAUUGUAUCCAGUUUGCAAAUUAAUUCCAAUUCAGCAGUCUCUCGUUGGAGUCUGUUUUUGAAGUUUUGUUGUUGAAGAAUUGCAACUUUUAGGUCUGUAAUCGAGAGACCAGAGAGAUUGAUGUGUUCUCCGACUGGUUUUUGAAUGUUAUAAUUCUUGAUGUCUGAUUUGUGUCUAUUUAUUCUUUUGCAUAGAGACUCUCCAGUUUGACCAAUGUACAUGGCAGAGGGACAUUGCUGGCACAUGAUGGCAUAUAUCACAUUGGUAGAUGUGCAGGUGAACAAGCCUCUGAUAGUGUGGCUGAUGUGAUUAGGCCCUUUAGUACUCCUUUUCUUUUUGCGAAUACAGACUAACACGGCUGCUACUCUGAAAGUCCUCCUUUAGUUCUCUUUGAAAAUCCCAGCCUUAGAGAGCUAAAAGCUGUGUUACAUCCAGCCUGCUCACCUGGUGCAUCCAAGAGACAGAACAGGGAUGGGGGAAGGGACAAGUGAGUGAGUUGAAUUCAAGGGCUCCAGAAGCUGUCAUCAGCUUGCCCUGCCUCGCUGGGAUAGUUGACUUUUAACAUACCGGGCUGGCUUUCUUUUUAACUCAGCAAGUUCCAUUUACUUUAGUAGCCAGUUUGCUCUCCUCACCUGCAAGGGUUUCAUAUGCUUAAUUUCCUCCCGCAGAAAAGGGGACAUGAUCCUGCUAAUCUCCUCUGUCAUUCCACAAACACAGACCUUUCAUCCGCCACCUGGACACAGUUCAGCUGGGUGAAAUGGGUGUGUAUGUAUAAUAUAUACAUAGCACAUGGGUGGUGGAGAAUGGAGAUAGCCAGGUGAUGGAUUGAAUGUAUCUUGUGCAGUUGAUGGCUUUGCCUGCUCUCUGUCCAUUCAGUCCAGUCCCCUCUGGCUAGUUCCAACACUCCAAUCGGCUGAGCUGCUCCAAACAGCUCCUGUAGGAAUUGGAGACUGGUCAUGAUGGACCAGUGGGCUGAUCCGAUCAGGCAAUUCCCAUGAAUGGCAAAGAUUGCCAUCACCACCACCAAAGUGCUUCACAGGGCCUCAGCUCACUUCUUACUCCAAAGGUUAACAGCCAGGUGGUUCCUUACUAGAUCUGGUCAAGACUGUUUGAAUUUGCCAAGUGUGCCUGAAAAAAAUGCUCCCCAUUUUUCCUGACCAGCUCCACUCUUUACCUUAGACUGACGAGCCGCUAAGCCACUGUGCUAAGCCUCAGCUCCACAGCAACUGUCCCCAAGGCUUUGCCUCCCCACAGCGGCUGCCUGGAAGUUUAGGCAGGGGGCAACAUACAGGCCAGUCUUUAUAUUACAGGUGUACAGCACCCUAGGGGAGGGGAGCAAAUAACAAAAUCACUUUCUGCCCCCAAAGAAAGCAGAAACAGAGUUGAGGACAGGCUGCAGCACAAGAAGCCUCUCCUUGCUAUAUUUUACCCCUAAUCUAUAUUCAAUAUUGGUUAGUUAUUGACCUCUGUUAAUUGCCCAUUUUCCUAUUCUUCCCCUCCCUUAACAAUUCACACCCUUAGCCUGUGCUUGCACCUCCCACUGGAGAGGCCUUCCCAGCAUCCAGCCCUUGCUCAGCCAUGCAAAAGGGGGCAGUAGCACUUCAGGAAAGGUAGGUUCUGGAGAUAGCAGUGGGGCAUGAAGCACCUAAAGCUAGGAGGAUGCUAAUGCUCUGGGGACUUGCUCCCCUUCUAGAUGGCUCUCUCCAGCGAUGAUUCCAGCCCAUGGAGAGACUGAGGGAUGCAGGGAGCAAGGAACUUCACCUUAAAGAGCCAAAUUCUGCUCUCAGAUCGGUCGGUCACUUCCCAUAGGAAUCAAUGGCAGUCAAUGUAUACACACCUAAAUGGCAGCAGAAGUUGGCCUCUGUUCUGAGCCCCGUUCUGAGAUCAUUUAUCCAAACGCGAUGUGACUAGGAAGAGUUUGCAGGACCAACUCUUUAGAAGCAGCAGUGUGUACACACUGAGCGCAAUCUCCAUAAAACACAUACGGUGCACGGAGGCCUUGUUAUUACUGAUGGGGGUAGAGGGGAUGUCCUUGCUGAGGCGUCCGUGAGCUAAGCCAAAUACACCAGGCUAGAUGCUAAGCUGCUGUAAAUUUGUCUAGGACCACUGAAGUCCAUGGAGUUGCUCUGAUUUACCCCAGUGGAGGAUCUUCUCCAGGGGCUGCUGAUAUUCUGAGAGGGAAAACUUUAUGCUCUAUGCUAAUGGUGCUGCUCCCGUCAGGCUACACAGGUGUGGCCAUUGCUAGAGUGAGAUCUGUUGCUAGGUUUGGCAUUAUUAUUAUAAUUUCUUAAUUACUCGCAUAGUUCCCUUGAGGAUCAUGGCCCUUCUCAGAACAGAUAGAGAAUGGGUGGCGCUCAGCAUGGCCCUCAUUUGCUUCUGCGGGGAGUUUCAGCACUGGCAUCAGUGCGAGCAGAGAUAAGGCCACACUGAGUGCUUAUAAAAGCCCAUCCCCAAUCAGCACUGUUUAUCACCUGCAUUGAGAUGGCAGAUUCUCGUGAGGUACUAAGGACCCCCAACUUCCAUUGGCUUCGGUGGGAGACGGGGCGAUCGUCACGCCUCAACAUUGAGCCUGAGGGCAGGAGAGGUUACAGUCAUAGAAUAUCAGGGACCUCAGAAGGUCAUCUAGUCCAACCUCCUGCUCAAAGCAGGACCAAUCCCCAACUAAAUCAUCCCAGCCAGGGCUUUGUCAAGCCUGACCUUAAAAACCUCAAAGGAAGGAGAUUCCACCUCCUCCCUAGAUAACCCAUUCCAGUGCUUCACCACCCUCCUAGUGAAAUAGUGUUUCCUAAUAUCCACCCUAGACCACACCCACUGCAACUUGAGACCAUUACUCCUCGUUCUGUCAUCUGCCACCACUGAGAACAGUCUAGAUCCAUCCUCUUUGGAACCCCCUUUCAGGGAGUUGAAAGCAGCUAUCAAAUCCCCCCUCAUUUUUCUCUUCUGCAGACUAAACAAUCCCGGUUCCCUCAGCCUCUCCUCAUAAGUCAUGUGCUCCAGCCCCCUAAUCAUUUUUGUUGCCCUCCGCUGGACUCUUUCCAAUUUUUCCACAUCCUUCUUGUAGUGUGGGGCCCAAAACUGGACAGUGAUUAUAGCUUUGCAUGCACCAAGCCGCACUCACCCGCAAUGCAUUAUUCCCUAGUAAUCUUGUUCCAAAUCUAUCCCAGGCUGUGGGAUUUCAGCUCUGGCUUCUCCCCUACAACUACCUUUAUUUACUAAAACUUCAGGGGUGAUGGAAAAAGCUAAUGAGAUCGUGGAUUUAAAAUGCUUCGUUCCAGGACUGAAAUGGGCUCUAGUGGGGUCAGUGUUUUCUGGGUUUUGCUAAAGCUAUGAGGAUGGCAUGUGAACUAUUUACACAUCACAGCACAUGCCUCUCUUCUCCCUGCUGAGACAGUAUUACAACAGGAUGGACACGGCCUGGACUCUAAAAUGCCCCGCGCGGGUACUGUUGCCUAUAAGGGCCAAUGACGAGAAGCUGCAAAGCUCAUUUCAAACACAGUCGUUUAUAGACUCUCCACUGGUGAGAGCUGCUCACAGUGAGUUGCUGAUCACACAAGAAGGUACCUUUCUUUCUCAUUUGUGUCACAAAGUGUGGGCCAGAUUGUGUGGGCACAACUCAGAGGCAGUAAACCCAGCUGUGUAUGGGUCCCCCGCUGGUUUAAGGGAUCCCACAGGUUAGUUCUUUGCAGCAGCUUGCUCUGAAUCACCAUUGAAUAGAGCUCGUUGGAAAAUGGUCUGUAUGUGGGGGUGGGACUGGGUUUCCAUGGAAAAUGUGGAUUUUGUUGGGUCCUGUUGGGAUCCAGGAAGUGGGCGGGUGGAAAUUCAAAUCCUGAAAACUGAAAUCUUUGGGGUUUGAGGCAUUGGUUUUUUGAUGAAAAAUCAAAAAUUUCCAUGGAAAGUGGGCACUUUGAGACCCCCCCCCCACACACACACACACAAAGUUUAGUCAAAAAGUCAAUUCUCCAACCAAAAAACAGCUCUGACAGAAAAUUUUCAACCAGCUCUACUUGAAAAUGUAGCAAAACAGACAAUAAAUGCAGCAACCCCUGCCCCAUCUGCUCUGGAGUUUACCCUGAGUCUGAAAGAAUUGGGGUUUUUUAAGUCGUGUGUUCAAAAAAUGUAAAAGUUUGUGUUUCCACAAGUGCCAACCAACAAGCAGCUUUAGCUUUACUAAUGAGGUUCCAGACGUUUUGCAUGUGUGUGAACUGCUCCCGUCGAUUCCAGGGUGAGCUGAUUGCACCCAUCCAAGGCUGUGUUCGACUCCGCUAAAGAGUGCUGAGUUCAUAGCAGAAUCCAUUCAUUUCAAAAACAACUGCAGCUGGUUGAACAAUGCAAAACCAAAAAAUGGGGACAUUUUUGUUGAAAUUUUUCAUUGACAUUUUAAAAUUAGACCGAGUUUUGACCAGCACUU